CCGGCUCGCGCAGGGGUUUAAAGCCCGAGCGGCGUGGGUUCCCAGACUGCACACCUGGAUGCUUCGGGGCGGGGGAGACAGGUGUGCGAGCCUGCGAGCGCUGAUUGGCCGUCCGUGCCGCGCCUUCCUUGAAUUGCUACCUGCUAGGGCUGGCCCCGCAGCCCUUCCUCACCUGCCGCUAGCUUUCCUUGUCCCUGCAGGAGGCGGUCCACGAGCUGCUGUUGCAGGCCGGUGGAGUGCUUGCGGGCUCGGCGUCCCGCGGAGAAGAUGAACGGUCCCAGCUCCAGGUCCAGCCACCUGUCGCAGCCGGUGGUGAAGAGUGUGCUGGUGUACCGCAAUGGGGACCCCUUUUUCGCCGGGCGGCGUGUCGUCAUUCACGAGAAGAAGGUGUCCAGCUUCGAUGUCUUCCUCAAAGAAGUGACUGGCGGUGUGCAGGCGCCUUUUGGGGCGGUUAGGAACAUCUACACCCCGAGGACGGGCCACCGCAUCCGAAAACUGGACCAGAUAGAGAGCGGGGGCAACUAUGUGGCUGGGGGCCCGGAAGCGUUCAAGAAACUCAAUUACUUGGACAUAGGCGAAAUCAAGAAAAGACCAAUGGAAGCUGUGAAUACCGAGGUGAAACCUGUCAUUCACAGCAGGAUCAACGUGUCCGCCCGCUUCAGGAAGUCGCUGCACGAGCCCUGCACCAUUUUCUUGAUUGCAAAUGGAGACCUCAUAAGCCCGGCUUCUCGCCUCCUCAUCCCUAAAAAAGCUUUAAAUCAGUGGGAUCAUGUACUACAAAUGGUCACAGAAAAGAUAACUCUCCGGAGUGGGGCUGUCCACAGGCUAUAUACGUUAGAAGGAAAGCUGGUUGAGAGUGGAGCAGAACUGGAGAAUGGGCAGUUCUAUGUGGCCGUCGGCAGAGAUAAGUUUAAGAGACUACCGUACAGUGAGUUACUUUUUGACAAGUCAGCAAUGAGAAGGCCUUACGGUCAGAAAGCGUCUUCACUACCUCCCAUGGUUGGAUCCAGGAAGUCUAAAGGGAGCGGAAAUUAUCGGCAAUCCAAGUCAACCAUCGGGUCUAGUGAUAACUCAUCUCCUCAGCCUCUGAAAAGGAAAGGGAAGAAAGACUCAAACUCAGAAAAACCCACGAAAGUGAAACAGAGUGUGAAGUCGAAGACUUCCCACCAAGCAAUCCCAGACAAUGGUGAAGGCAUUUUCAAAGCUGGAGCAGAGAGAUCUGAAACAAGGGGGGCAGCAGAAGUUCAAGAAGAUGAAGACACCCAGGUUGAGGUUCCAGUGGACCAGAGGCCAGCAGAAAUAGUUGAUGAGGAAGAAGAUGGUGAGAAAACAAGCAAAGAUGCCAACCAGAAGGAAGACUUUUCAGCCAUGAAUGGUGAGACUGAAGACAGAGGGGGGAGCAAAGCGGCUGGUACCUCUGAGCAGGAGGAGGGAAUCCCAGACCACGGGGAGAAGAAGGCAAGCCCCUCUCGGGUAAAUGGUGGCACGGAUGAAGAGAAUGGGGAGGAACUGGACCAGGUUGCCGAGGAGCUCCAAUCAACAGAGGACGAGAAAGGAAAGGCUGAAGGAGACAACAGUGGGCAAGAUGAGGCUGGUUUGGAUGCUCAAAGACCACCAAGACCAGAAGUGACAGUCACCAGCCCUCAAGAGAAUGAAGAGAACGAAGCAAACAAGGCCUCUUCUGCUGUGGCAUAGAUGGUUUAAAGCAGAGAAUAUGAGCGAUGUGAGAGGAUGCAGAGCUAUAAUACUUGAAUAAUGAGCACAGCAUCUCUUCAUGUAGAAUGUGGCAAUGUGGUGGAGGCCCUACCUAUUGCAUUUUAAAAGUAGUAGCUACAUGAAAGGAAGGGUUAGGACAUUUGUAACUCAAUAACUUAAGCUUAUGACAGGUGUUUAAAAAAUUCCUUUAGAAGACCAAAAGAGAGACAGGGGAUUUGCACCUUAAGACAGCAGCUGGCUACCUGUGUUUGUAAAGGGGAAAGACAUGGGCUAGCUCCCAUUAGAUACUUUAUUAUAGACUUGGAAGCAAGAAUACUGGCAGCUUGUUCUAAAGCAUUUAUCUAGGAAUGUAUAGAGUUUUUAAGAAUUGGUAAUAGGAGAAACGUGUAUUAUGUUCUUGAAGCAAUAAACUGUUGAUUGAACAAAUUGCAAUUUAGUUUCAGAGAUAAUUUGGAGAUGGCAAUAGAUCUGAACACUCUAAAGCUGGUGACAUUCUUUUCUUUCUCCAGCCAAGGUCCACCUUGGGCAAAGUCAAAACACAGCCCAAGGUGUCACCUGGUCAGAGGAAAAGCUUCUAGAGCGCCUGGUGAUUCAUGUCAGGUGUGUUGGAUGUGACUGGCACACUCCCAGGCAGGAACCAGAAAGUAUGACCUAGACAUCCUGUGUUUUUUUCACUGCUCUGUUUUCACUGUGUCUGUACAAGGAACAAAGCCUUUCCUUCUCCUAUAUGCUGUUGGGAAACCCAAUAUUGGUUAAUAUUAAAUUCUUUUCAGGAUUUUAAAAAUGAACUUUUUAUUAAACACAAAGGAACAAAAAAGGAAGCAAAAGCAGAACAAUUUAUGGCGAUCCAAUUGCUUAGCUACUUGCACUUUGCGAAAUGACUGUCAUGGCUGUUUAGAUUAUGUCCAUCUGUCCAUCUACUCAUCCAUCUGUCUGUCUGUCCAUCCAUCCGCACAUGUAUCUCCUAAGCUUUUAGACUUUCAAGCAGACUUUUGGACUAUUUUAGCCUUUCAAGCAGAUUCUCUCUCUCUCUCUCUCUCUCUCUCUCUAUAUAUAUAUAUAUAUAUAUAUAUAUAUAUAUGUAUAUGUAUAUAUAUAUAUAUAUAUAUACAUAUAUAUAUAUAUAUAUCCAUCUGAUGGAAAUUGUUGAAAAAAUUUGAAAUAUUUCCAUGGCUCUUGAUUUCAGUUUGUGGAUAGAUAAACUAAUAUGCAUUCACCUUGUGAGGUUCAGAGGAAGGAAAAGAUAAUUAUAUUAGUUUGACGAUCAUAGUACAGAUGAUGUCUCUCCCCCUAAAUACAGAAAUAAUAUGUUUUUCUCAUUUUAAGGAAUAUAUUUUUACUCAGAAAAUGAAAACUGGAAGAUUUUAGAUUGUAGUGCCUUUGUAAGAUUCAUUACUAUUGUAAGUCUAUUUUCCCCUCUAGAUUUUGCAACCAACCAUCUGGGAACAAAAUAGUUGGGAGUUAUAUAUACUAAAGUAAUGUAGAAAAUAGAUGUAUUUUUCCCCAAAGCUAUUUUGAUUCUUCCAUAAAUAGAAAAUAUGAACAGAGCUUAUGACAUCACAGUGUUUGAGGGAGAUCGUGACACGAGGCCUGGGAAUCCGGGAGAAUGGGCUUUAACUGGGGCACAGUCUGGGCGGUGCUUUUUGUGCACACACUUACUUUUAACACGCAGGGACUGCCAGAAGCCAUCUUGCACUGUUAGGAAAACAGAGGUGCUCUCCUUCUGAUGUGACUUUCCAGCAUCUGGGGUUGAAGAUUCAAAUAUCUUACAAAAGUUGAAUAUAAGAAGUUUUAACUAAGCCUCAAACUGAUUCUCUUUCUCACCAUGGAGGGUGUGUCUCCUUAAGGAAGCACCACUCUUUGCCCCCCACCCUUCACUUCACUGUGGCACUUGGGUUUUGUGGGUUCUCUUGCCAGCUGUCUUAAUGAGGAACAACACUGAUACUUCACAUAAAAAACAAACUCUGAGAUCUUAACAUUUCAAGAAGGUUAUAGGCAUAGUAACAACCAUAGAAUGUUGAAAUACGUGGGGGUAUCAUCAUUUUCUAUGCUUGCAUGGGACCCAAAUAUGUGACUCAAAUCAAAACCAUCUCCAUAUGUUGUCUAGCCAAACAUGUAAUCCUUUAUUGGGGACUAAAACUAUAGGCAUAACUGUGAAGGUGACCUUUAUAGAAGUUGAAGUUCAGUUCACCUCUCAAAAGUGUUGGUCUCCCCUGUGGAAAUUGGGUAGCAAUGACAGAUUAGGGCCACAUGUAAGUGAGACUUACUGACAAAUUUGGGAAUUACACAUAGAGCACACGGAUGAGGGCUUGGUGAAGGGUUAUGUGUCAUUCAUAAUGAAGGCUCCUGGAUAUAUACCUGCAAUGCCUUGCUUUGAAGUGUCAGCUCUUUGCAAUUUCUUAGUUUUAAUUUUAUGUCACUAAUGCCUUAGCCACAUUUCAAUUUUAAGGGCACUCAUGAUCAUCUGCUGAUGGAAUUGGAACACUGGUAGUUUUGCACUUGACUAGAGUGACUUUGACUAAAGUCGCCGUCAGAUGAGAGGGAUGUGCUGCAUGCUUUGGCCUGUGUUGAAGCCACAGUUGCCUGCCCAUCAGCUUCCUGUUACUAUGACUACAGGGCAGCCCCCCCCCAACUCUCUAGGUUUUCCUGGGGCCCUGGAGAGACUUGUUAUUUAAGACAUUUUUCUUGCAUUCUAUUUUUUUAAUGUCGGAAUGCCAGACUCAUAGGAAGAGCAUGAUAAGGUCAUUUAUCCAGUUCAAGUCUAAAGGGUGAAUUCUUGUGUGGUGUCUAAUGACAUACCACAUCAGAAGUGAUGCUGGUAUGUUUCCUAGGGUAGCCCUAGGGUAGGGCUAAACCACUAGAAACCUCAGAGUUUUCUUUAGGGGGAUGGCAUGAUGGUUCAGCAGUUAAAGUGCCUGCUACCAAGCCUGAUGUCCUAUACUGUGACAUGUAUAUACCAAAGUCAUCCCCAACACACACACACACACACACACACACACACACACACACACACACACAAAACACACGCGCAUACACACAGAGUUAAAUAAGUAAGUAUAAAUGCGUUGUUUUCUUUAGGCAACCUGCCCUAUGCACAGAGGAUGAGUUUCACUGGUCUAGAGAAGAUAAUGUGCUUAAAGCUGUGGCUGCUGUCGGGCACAGCAGCUCAUACCUGUAAUCCCACAACUGGGGAGCAGGAGGUGGAUCAAGAAUUAAAGGUUGAAGCACACUUGGCUACAUAGUGUGCUUGAGGCUAACCUCAAUAUGAGAUCCCCGUUUAAAAAACAAAACAAAACAAAACUGACCAACCUAGCAACCUACCUACCUACCCACCCCAAGCUAAAGCUAAACUUGCCACCACAGAAAAAUAGGAAGGUAUACUCAUCAUAGGUAACCAGAAGGCAUACUGUGAUUCUAACAUGUCCUGUAAGGAAUCCACUCUACACUUUUACUGUUGCGGUUAAAGUAGCAAAAGCAAAGCUAAAGAGUAAGUUCAUCUGGGAGGAGAAAACUCCGCAUCUGAGCUGGUGCCAAUCAGAAGAAAACGUCACACCCAGUGCACGUAUCUACCAGCACCUCCAAGGGUAGCUCAUAUACUCUCAGGCAUUAAGAAGGACCUCCUUACUGCUCUGCACAGAGUAAGGCUCUCGCAUGGGGAGAAGCAGAGCUAACAGUGUGAGAGCAAAUAGUAAGAGACUACUGUUAUAUCAGCGUUAAUAUUGCAUUACUGGGACCAAGAGAUACAAUAUAUUUCCCCAAUAAGACAGUUACCAGCAUCACUUAAAGUAAGCAUGGUGGCAUAUGACUACUACCCCAGUGCUCUAGAGGUAGAGGCAGAGGGGUCAGAAGUUCAAGGUCAUUUCCAGCUGCCCAGUGAGGUCCAGACCAGUGUGAGCUAUAAGAGACCCAUUUAAAACAAAACAAAACAAAACAAAACAAAACAAAACAAAACAAAACAAAACAGAGGAAGAGAUGCUAAAAUUAGUUUUAGUUACAUUUUAAAAAAUGAGAGAUGUGCACCUUGUUGCCUGAACUGAUGACAGGCAACAGUCUCUGCGGCAGCCUAAAGUAUCAUGUGGACUUUUGGGGGGCAGAGGGAGCAGGGAGGAAACCUGGGACGACUCCUUGUAUCCAGAAACCAGGUACGACACAGAGUGACUCUAAUACAUUGUCACCCUGGGCAGGAACCAGUUUCUGAAGGUUAGCCUGCUUUUCUAACCAGAGACACUUGGAGUUCGUUUUCACUGAUUGGCAUGUUCAUACACAUAAGGCAUUUGCUUGACACAUACCCUGGUAUAGAGACAGGUCUAGCUUUUGCGUUGUAUAUUUUGUCCCAUGAUGUUUGGAAGUCAGAAGGGGAAUGAAACAGUGUCCCCAUACAUUGAGCAAGAAACUCAGCAUUGUUGUAAAAAGAGUCAACACCUGAAAGAGAUGUGCAAUUAGGAAAGAAUUAAAAACAAUAAUUAAAAAAAGCACUUAUAAAAUCUGAGGGGACCAGUGGAGCUCUGUCCAGGAGCCAAUGGCUGCCUAGCUUCGACCUGAAAAUGUGACCAAAUGAAUUCCACGUAGUCUUACCCCCCUUGAAGUUUAACUGACUGUUUUAGUUACUGUCAAAAAGGAGGGGUGAGGUUGUGGUCAGCAUAAGAGGAUUGCAGGAAGCUCUGUUGCUUUCAUGUUCUCUUUGCAGUCAACAUUGCUAACGCGUACAUAGUAAUGGCUAAUUUUUCAUGCACUAUAUAGAGAUUAAAUUAAGCUCAUAGUUUCAGUAGCAUUUGUUAUAUUUAGAAUGCCUUUAUGUAAGGAAAAGUAUGCAUUUUGAUCAAAUUAUGGUAGGUGGCUUUUAUUUCUGUAUCGGAGCACAUUCUAAAAUGCUCGUACACCUGUCCGGUCCUGUGGGUAGAUGAGUGCUUUAUGUAGUUAACAUCCAUGUUCAGCAUUCCAUGUGAUACUGUGUUGUUAAUAUUUCAUGUGUGAAUCCUUUUUGUAGAUUUUUCAUGAACAGGAGAGAGAGAGAGAUAGGGGUCUAGACUCACGUAGACAUUCAGCUCAUUUCUUUAUUGUACGAGAUAUUUUUAGAGAACCACAGGUUCCGAAGUUUUUGUGAUGCUCAUGGCGUGUAUUUUGUAUACAGACAACCACAGAAAUAAAUGUAUCAUUUUACAAAGAG